UCACGUAACCCACAUAUUUUUUAAGAUGCCCGGAUGUAAACAAAAUGGAGGACUUGUACAGACAAUAACAGAAGAUUGUCUAUUAAACAUGUGAAUAUUCUUGAUUUUCGUGGUUUGAUAUGGCAUUUAAUUCUAAUUUCAAACCAUUUUAUGACCCUGGAAAUGAAAAAAUACACAGAAAAAACGUUGGAACCAACAACUUCACUAAGUCAAGCGAAGAAUCAAGUGCGAUUCAACAACAGAGGGCACCUGCUCGAAUAUCGAAAGAAAUGCCUUGAGAGAGUUCAACCAGUGGGUUCAGGACGUGUUUUUGCACUGAGUGCUUUUAGAGACAACAAAUGUCCAGACAAUUGGGAGCCAUAUGUCCACAAACAAGGAGAUCUGUUUUAUGUGGAUGUGAAAGAAGACAGCAAGAGUCAAAGCAAGAACCAGCAGAGAGUGAAUGUACCAGGAAGGUCUUCCGGUCAUCACAGAGAUCGUUCACAGCCAGUGAACGCAGAGGAAACAAACAAUGGCAACCAUAUACAUCUGGAAAAUAAUAACCAGCCUUUAGUUUCAAAGAACUCCACAUAUGACCCUAAUUCAAGUAAAUUUGAAGUUCAGGUGACAGGCACUGGUUACAAGCAUUUCAAACCUAAGAUUUUGUUUAGUGAUCAGACCAUAUUGAAAGAAAAUGAUUUCAAUUCAGAAAAUCUUACUGAAAGUGACUCGCAUAAAAAGUUGAGUAACGGCCAGGUUUUGAGUUCUUCCUGUCCACAAAGUGAGGAUAAGAUUAAACAUGUUUAUUUGAUGCCAAACCUAAGGAACUGCUCUUCCAGUGAUAAGUCGGGGAUAAUUCUGUGUGAGAAGCUGUUUGGUAUUGUCUUGUGUCAGUAUAACCAUAGAACUUCCCAGCCCAUGCUUAAUGGGAAUACAUUAGAAAAACUCGCCAGAGAAAGGAAGAUCAUUGUUCAAGAUGUUUUACAGGCCAGUCCUGCCAAGCAAUCUGCUCAGAUUUUUAGAGGAGACAUGUUGGUUUGUCUGAAUGACAUUGAAAUAACAUGGGUGAACCUGGAUGAAAUAUUUAGAUCUAUCUCCAGCAGAGCAGUGAAACUAACUUUCCAACUUCCUGUGGUGAUAGGACCAGAUAAGAACCCACCCUCUUCCAGAAUUCCCCCACCUCUACCUCCAAAGACCUACCCCCACAAAGUCAGCACCUGUACCGUAGUCCCCACUUCUCCUCAUCAACCCAAAAAGAAACGCCAUCCUCAGCUCGGGGAGAACAUUCUCCAGUUAGUGUCCGGUGAAGACAAAUCCAGACUGUACUCUUUCUUGAAGAACGUUCUCUGUGCGGUUUUGUACUUGACUUUAGACUCGUGUGAAUCUGAUGAGUCAUCAGACGGCAAUAAUAAGGAGGACAUUGUGUAUCAGUUUCCGUGUGACCUUGAAAACAAACUGGUGGAUGUCAGGGGUCUUUUUCUGACUCUGUGUGGAAUUGUCCCUGAUGUCACUGGAAACAAUGUUAAAUGCUGUACUGUCAGUCAUAAAGGAGAACUAAUCCAUGUAGUGUUCAUUAGAGAAGGCCAGGACUUAUUUUUAAUAGGCUUCCCCCACUCCAGGGUUCCAUUAGCAUUUAGUGAGGUUGUCAUGACAGAAUUGCACAGACUAUUAAAAGUAUUGUUUGGAUCAGUAGUCAGUGCAUUCCGAUCACCAAAAUUCCGAGUCCAGCUAGAUCAGCUGUUCUCUCUGACUCUUCAUACAGUUCUUCAAAAUCCAGACAUCAUACUACACGGACCAAACUCCAAUGUUUCAGGCCAGGUAUUCUAUGAGUCAAUAUCUGGAGCCCAGAGUCUUAGUCUUUCUCAGGAAAAUAUGCUUCUUUGUGAUGAAAUACUGAGUGAAUUUGAAGCUGCUGAUUUUGAUGAGUUUAUGGAAGAAGAUGAGCUUUUUGAUAGAAGGGCUUUCAAUGUACUUGGAACAUGUCUGUAUUAUAAGGAAUACCUCCUGUGUAACCAUCUCCCAGCCUCUGACUUCCAAGACAUCCACUUGUUCAUUAAAUACCACAGCCUGCUUCAGCUGAUGGCAAAGAAAAGUGUGGAGGACCUAGUGAUUUGGAGGGAAAUGUUUCCCACUCGUAGAUUUCACAGUAGGGAGGCCUCACCCCCAGGGUAUACGGAACCUACCGGGCACUGGUUCCUUCUCUUAGUGGGAAUGAAACAUUUCCUACUGGCAACUUUAUUGGAGAUGGGAGGAUGUACAAAGUCACGGAAUAUUCCCCUCUCUCCAGAUCCUUUCUAUGUUAGUCAGGCUAAAGCCACGCUUCUACAGUUUGAAACUGAUGAUGUGGCAAUUGCCCAGUCCUGUGAGAAAAGAUUGUCAGCAGACCCUUGUGGUCCAACAUUAGUCAGUGCCGAUUCAAUGCUGCAAGGUGUAAAAUCAAAGAAGGAAGAGAAUUCGUUCAUCAGUCCGACCAAAGUACAAGACUCCCCAAAGAAUCCUGCCACGCCCAUUCUGUCACCCACAUACUCUAUCCUAUUUAAGUGGCCACUCUCUCCAAAUAACGAAAGUCUAUCUGGAAUUCCAGAAGACUCACCAGAUCAUUACAAGGGUGGGUCUACAAAUGAUGUAUCCACUCCAACCAUGAAACGACAUGGAAGUCGGUUGUCUUAUGGUUCCAAUGACUCUGCAGGGAGUGGAAGCAGCUCUGGUCCCCAAAAUAAGGGAAAGUUGGGCAGCAAGUCUGGGUCAGUGUUUGAUGUCAACAGUAUUAACAGUGCAAUCAAUUUAGAACCUCAGAAAGUGAUCAGAGUCACCAGAGGGAGUCAGAACACCCUGUUUCACCUGAUCCAGUUUGAUGGUCUGGAGGGAAUUGUCAUUUCCCCCUCCCCCCAGGCCCUGGCGGCCUCCCAAGGGCAUCUACAGAGCCAAGUCCUCACCAACUUCUACAAGAGCUGCCUACAAAUACGCAAUUCAUUCCACAGAACCUCAACACAUCCUAUUAAACUGAAUCACAAAAACAUGAAGAGGAGGGUACAUGCAGUGGACCAUCAGGAACAUGCUGUGUUGUUUAGACACACACAGCCGCAGGAGAACAAGAGACCUCCAGUGGUUCUGUUAUACUGGGUUGUGGGUCGACAGUUGAGACAUGAGAAGGAGAUGUUUGUGUGCUUCCACGAGUCUAUCCCACAGUCAGCCAUAGAGAUGGCCUUCAGAGUCGGCUUUGGUACUUGACAAUAGAGGAAAAUAGCGAGCGUGCCAUAUCAUUUUUAAUCAAGAUGUUUUUAUGCAGGAAGUAUCUUGUUCUUUACAGUAUAUUACAAAUUCUCUCUUGCCAUGGUGAAAGUGACAGAAUAUAUCCAUUUAAAGAGGCGAGACAAAAAUAUGACACAAGGUUCAAAAUUAUACUUGUAGCAUUUACUACACAAAACAAUGAUGUACAAUAUUUGUAGAUGAAAUUUAAGGACUGAGGGUGGAAGAUUGUGAGAUCAUUUCUUAUUUAUCUGUAACCAUGAAAAGUCUGCCAUUGAAUCAUUAUCAGAUUUAAUUCUGGGGACACAAUCUCAUUUUUAUUGUGAUAUAUUUAAUAUAUAUAAUGACUGUGGUAACCAUGUUUGAUAUUCAUUUUACCUUCUUUAUUCGUAUUCUGAGGUCAUACAAAACCGACGGUGCUACUUUUUGUAUUUUUCAUUAUGUGUUUUUUAAGUUUUAUCAAAAUUUCUUCUGAACCUGAGUUAAUUAAAAUCUUUUUUUUUGUAAAGUAGGUCUGAUGAAGAAAAAUGUGGAAUUUAUACUUUUUAUUUUCGACAUUAAUCUAAAUUAGUAAUAUACAUCGGUACUCUUAUUUAGUGUCAUUCUCUCCUUAAAAACUUCAAUUACAUGUACUAACUACACAUGUAUUAGGAUAUCCCUAUUCUGAAUUUUUUGAGGAUGUAUUUCUUGAAAUCUUGUCUUUCAUUCAUACUGUACUUUGAGUGGAAAUCCAUUAUAUAGUGACCCAAAUAUAAAAGGGCAAGGAAAGCUCAAGGGUUUUAUACAGGGUCAUUUCUUCAAAUGGUACUUGUUUGCUUUUUUAUUGUUUGAUUUGUUUCAAGGGGGUCAGAAUAGAGGGGGGGGGGGUCUUCUUUGUACAAAUAAUUUUAAAUAACUUUCUCAAAUUUUAAUUUACAGUUUUUUGUGAUUAAUUUUUGUAACUUUUAUAAUAUAGUUUCUUAAAUACAUGUAUUAGUGGAUAUCACAUUUAAUAUUAAAUAUAUUUUUUUUAUGUAAUAAACUGUGUUGAUGUGAUAUCUUUUGAUAUAAAAACAGGUUUGAAAAAAAUGUAUACAUUUUAUAAAUACGAAAGAGACCUGAUAAAAAUGUGAAGAAAAGAAAAUUUUACUUGACUUGGGAUGAAUAUCUAGUUUUGCAUUUUCCUCAAUCUGUUCAAGAUUUGAGGAUAAAAAAUAAGAUAAAAAAACCCCAAUGAUUACUCUGGAAAUAGUUUGAAAAAGCAUUUACAUUUUCUAGAUUCUGAUCUUACAGAAACAUGGAUAUAAAGAUGAUGUUACAACUUUUCAUGUGUGUGCAUAUAAUGUCACAGCGUUGUAUGUGGUCAGCUUAACUUAUCCUGAAAAAUGUGUGUGUACAUAUAUGUCACAGUGUUCUGUAUGUCAGACCCUAUUUAUCCAUGUUAUUUGUAACUUCGUGUAAUUCUAUGUACACCACAGUACCAGCAAUGAAGUAUUAUCAGUAUCGUUCACUGUUUGUACUCUGCAAUCUCUUUAUUUAUUAAUGUUUGAUGAUAAGUUAUGUGUAUAUUUUUUAUGACUAUAAUUUUGUUUUGCUUUAAAAAGUAUUGGAUAAUAACAAUGAAUAAACAUUAAGUGAGUUU